UUUUUUUUUGGUAUAUAGUAAACUGAAAUUAAAAAAAAAAACUGAAGCUCUACUAUAUUCUUUCAGUAUUAUUGCCAAUUUUUGUUGGGCAAGCUAAAGCUCGCAAAGGAAUUCUUUUAAAAGUUUGUAGGAGACUCACACAGAUAUGUCGACACCAAAUUUUUUGUUGAGCAAUGGCAAAAAUAUGCCCAUGGUUGGAUUGGGUACAUGGCGGAGCCCGCCACAAGCUAUAACUCAGGCUGUCAAGGAUGCCAUUGAUAUAGGAUAUCGCCAUUUUGAUUGCGCCCAUAUCUAUGGAAAUGAGGCGCAAGUUGGCUCUGCGAUUGCUGAGAAAAUUAAAGAGGGUGCAGUAACACGUGACAAACUGUUUAUAACGAGCAAACUAUGGAACACUUACCACAAACCUGAAAUGGUGCGCCCUGCUUGUGAGACUAGCAUGCGCAAUCUUGGUGUUGAUUAUCUUGAUCUGUAUCUUAUGCAUUGGCCGAUGGCAUAUAAAUCUGGAGAUAAUCUGUAUCCAACCUGUCCGGAUACCGGAAAGGCUGUGUUUGAUUCUAUUGACUUUCUCGACACAUGGCGUGCUAUGGAGAAUCUUGUGGACAGCGGUCUUUGCCAUGCAAUCGGCGUUUCAAACUUUAACGAACAUCAAAUUAAUCGCCUUUUAAGUGAAGCCAAACUUAAGCCGGUCGUUCUUCAGAUCGAAUGUCAUCCCUAUCUGCGCCAAAAAUCCCUUAUCACACUCUGCUAUGACAAUGCAAUUGCUGUGACGGCCUACAGCUCCCUAGGGUCUGCUCACACUCCCUACGAGAAGCCCGGUGCCUACCCGCUUUUGGAGCACCCUGUAAUUCAAGAAAUCGCCGCCAAGUAUGAGCGCGAACCAGCUCAGAUUUUAUUGCGCUAUCAGACACAGUCGGGCAUAAUUGUGAUUCCCCGCUCCAUAACCAAGCAGCACAUGUACGAAAAUUUUAACAUUUGGGACUUUGGGCUAGCAAUUGAUGACUUAAAAGCCAUUGAUGAUUUGGACUGCAAUGGUCGUUUCAUGACUAUGAAAGCGGCAUAUGGACAUCCAUACCAUCCAUUUGAAAGCACAUCUCCACACUCAUAGAAAUAAGCUCACCUAUUUUGAACAUUUUAGAAAUGCAUAAAGUUGUACAUAUUUUUGUUUUUGGACACUUGGUAAUAUCAAUAGGUGCAUGUAUUUUACAAUAAAUGUUAAUAGUUUAGGUAACAAA